UUUCGGGAGAGCUCAAAUGGCGGCACUUCGCAGGAAAUUCGGCGAGGACUACCAGGUGGUCAACACCAACCGGGCCACCACUUUCUCGGCGCCGGCGAAGAAGAAGCGCCAGCGCUUCGUGGACAAGAACGGCCGCUGCAACGUGCAGCACGGGAACCUCGGCGGGGAGACGAGCCGGUACCUGUCGGACCUCUUCACCACCCUGGUCGACCUGAAGUGGCGCUGGAACAUGCUCAUCUUCAUCCUGACCUACACCAUCGCCUGGCUGGUCAUGGCGUCCAUGUGGUGGAUCAUCGCGUACAUCCGGGGCGACUUGAACCACGGCCACGACUCGACCUACACCCCCUGCGUGGCCAACGUGUACAACUUCCCCUCGGCGUUCCUCUUCUUCAUCGAGACCGAGGCCACCAUCGGCUACGGCUACCGGUACAUCACCGAGAAGUGCCCCGAGGGCAUCAUCCUCUUCCUCUUCCAGUCGCUGAUGGGCUCCAUCGUGGACGCGUUCCUCAUCGGCUGCAUGUUCAUCAAGAUGUCGCAGCCCAAGAAGCGCGCGGAGACGCUCAUGUUCAGCCAGGACGCGGUGAUCUCGCAGCGCGACGGCAAACUGUGCCUCAUGUUCCGCGUGGGCAACCUGCGCAACAGCCACAUGGUGUCCGCGCAGAUCCGCUGCAAACUCAUCAAGUCUCGUCAGACGCCCGAGGGCGAGUUCCUGCCGCUGGACCAGUGCGAGUUGGAUGUCGGCUUUGGGACGGGUGCGGACCAGCUCUUCCUGGUGUCGCCGCUCACCAUCUGCCACGAAAUCAAUCCCAAGAGCCCCUUCUUCGACCUGUCCCAGCGCUCCCUCAUGAACGAAGAGUUCGAGAUCGUCGUCAUCCUCGAGGGCAUCGUGGAGACCACUGGUAUGACAUGCCAGGCGCGGACGUCGUAUACCGAGGACGAGGUUUUAUGGGGCCACCGUUUCCUGCCGGUGAUGUCCCUCGAGGAGGGUUUCUUCAGGGUGGACUACUCUCAGUUCCACAACACGUUUGAGGUGCCGACGCCGGCGUACAGCGUCAAGGAGCACGAAGAGAAGAACUCACUGCCCUCGCCUCAGUCCACUCCCACACCGGCGCUCACGGAGAGCCAGGGCGCGCGGCGCGGACGGGUGUUUUCCGUGGACUGCAUCAACACUGCGGAGGAGAGGGCGCGCCAGGGCGGGGCCGGGGGCCGCCUGCCCAGCAAGCUGCAGAGGAUGAGCUCCUCUGGCAAGGAGGACCUGCAGCGGAAGGUGCUGAUGCUCAGCUCCCAGCACCCGGAGAAGGCCUGCAGCACGGGGGACUUGCCGCUGAAGCUGCAGCGCCUCAGCUCCUCGCCGGUGCCCGAGGCGGAGACGCGGCUGCAGCUCAAGUCCCUCAAGGUGGGCUUCGAGCCCAUGACCCAGUCCACCGGGGACCUGUACCAGCAGAGCCUUCAGACCACGCUGUCGCCCGCGCCGGUCCUCACGCACAGUCCCCUGCCCUCCGCCGGGGGGAGGCCGGAGGACAACCUGCCGGCGAAGCUGCGGAAGAUGAACGCCGACCGCUGAAACCCAGAGAUGUACUUUACCUCGAGUGCUGUCGGUUAGAAAAAAACAAACAAAUGGUUUGCUGACAAUUUACUGGAAUUACUGUGAUUUUUUUUUGCGUUCUCAUCGCAGGAGCAUUCAUGCAGGCUUUGUACACACACCCAAAAAAAAACCAACAACGAGAAAACACAAACUUCAUGCUUAAUGCGAACUUGAUCAUUCUGCCAGAGUUGUGCAUGUAUAUACACACUGAAUCCAUCGUUUAAUAUAUGCACCACUACACUUAAAUAGUCAACCUUAGUUUUAUCUAAACAAUAAAUUAUAUUAAGAUGAUAAUAAAUGAUGUUUGAGCAUCA